CACUUUCCUCACUUCUAUCGUUAAAACAGAACCAUCGUCUUCCGCCGUGAGAAACAGAGGAGUUUACUGAAAUGGAAGGGAAGGAAGAAGAUGUAAGACUUGGAGCUAACAAGUUCAACGAGAGACAGCCGAUUGGAACGGCGGCGCAGAGUCAGGAUGAUGCUAAGGACUACAAGGAGCCACCGCCGGCGCCGUUGUUCGAGCCGGAGGAGCUCACUUCAUGGUCCUUUUACAGAGCUGGAAUCGCCGAGUUUUUCGCUACUUUUCUCUUCCUUUACAUCACUGUUUUGACCGUCAUGGGUGUCGUACGGUCGAAGGAAGCCACUGGGAAUACCUGUAAGACCGUCGGGAUUCAGGGGAUCGCUUGGGCUUUCGGGGGUAUGAUUUUUGCUCUGGUUUACUGUACUGCUGGAAUCUCCGGUGGCCACAUUAACCCGGCGGUGACUUUUGGGCUGUUUCUGGCGAGGAAAUUGUCGUUGACCAGGGCGAUCUUCUACAUGGUGAUGCAGUGCCUUGGUGCCAUCUGCGGUGCCGGCGUGGUGAAGGGGUUCCAACCCAAACCCUAUGAGGCCCUCGGCGGAGGAGCUAACGUCGUGAACGAGGGAUACACCAAAGGGGACGGCCUUGGCGCUGAGAUCGUCGGAACCUUCAUCCUUGUUUACACCGUCUUCUCCGCCACUGACGCCAAACGUAGCGCCAGAGACUCACAUGUUCCGAUUUUGGCACCGUUGCCAAUUGGGUUUGCAGUGUUCUUAGUUCACUUGGCCACCAUUCCGAUCACCGGCACCGGCAUCAACCCAGCCCGGAGCUUGGGAGCCGCCAUUAUUUACAACCACGACAAAGCCUGGGAUCACCACUGGAUUUUCUGGGUGGGACCCUUCAUCGGCGCUGGUCUUGCAGCUCUGUACCACCAAGUUGUGAUCAGAGCCAUCCCUUUCAAGUCCAAGUGAAAAUCUUAUCUAAAAUCCAUGAUGCUUCAAUCUCAGCCGUCCGAUCCCAAUCCAAAAAACAAAAAUGGCUGUUUUUCCCUUUUGUAUUGUAAUUUUUAAUCAAACUGUAUCAUUUAAAUUUAAUCCAGCAGUUUCUUGAGGCCCUUUUUUUCUUUUCUUUUUUCUGUGUUUUUUAAAUUCCAACUGGGGGGCCCAAUUUGUAAGCCAGUGCAGUGUUAUCUGUAAUUAUAUGUUUGGUUGUGAAGUUAUGUAUGGUCAAUUUCCCCAAAAAAAAAAAUGAAAAAAAGAAAAAAAAAAACAAAAGUUAAAUAAUGAUGCCCACUCUACUUUUAUGGGACUUGUCAA